AUGGAAGAAUUUAAGUACAUAAUACAGAAACAAGAACAACAACAAAUAUGCUUUGGAUCUAGAUGUCCACGUGAUACUUCUAAGAAAGGUAUGAGUUCAUUUAUGAGACAUUAUACUUUAGAGGAUUAUCCAAAUGUAUCGCCGAAUUCAUAUAAUGCUUUAGCAUCGUAUAAAGCCAUUAAAACCAAGCCUUGUUCCCAUAGUAUUAGUAAAAAAGGUUACAGUGGUAUUGCCAGAUUUGCUAAACAAGUUUUGCAUAAAAAUGAUUACUCGUCAUCAUUUGAUUACAAUAUUCCUAUGUUUCCUAAACAAUUACAUGAACCCAAGUAUUCUUUUAAACAUAAUUCUAAAAAAAGAUCUUUCGGCGCAAAUACAAUUCCAGGUCCAGGGAUGUACACUAGUGCUAAAGGAGGAGGUAUUGCAUUCAUGCACAAUUUUGGUGGUAGGGUGCAAAUGAAACUUGGCGUGGAUUUAAAAUGUUGUAUUCAAAAUACAGAUGUUUGUAAAAAGUGUAAAAAGCAAAUAGUCGAUGACUAUUGGCACUUGAAAAAUAAAAUAUUUUUAUGUAGAUCAUGUUUGACUAAAGAAUAUGAAACGCAAGAUACAUAUAAAAAAUCAGAUUUAACAUUAUUUCGUAAAAUACGAGAUUGUUCAGUUAUACAUCAACAUUGUACGACUACUGCAAAAAUAUGGUUAAUGUAUCCUAAUGUUGUUACGCAGUGGAUACGAAGAGAAGCUUACCUGUCUGGUUAUUUAAAAGGAUAA